AUGAUGAUCAGAACUACGACAAAUACUACUACAAGUGCACCAACAAUAGUAUUUGAUAGAUCACCAAGUACUAUUUGUAGCGGAUUUAUUGAUGUACAUGGAACAUGGAAUAACGGUUUUGCAUGUCCAAUUGAAAAUUCAAUCCAAUAUUUUUGUUGUGGUACAGAUACUUAUCGUUAUUGUUGUCCACCUGAUCGUUAUUCGUUUGAAACAAGAUUUCAUAUUGAUUCUAAUCAUGUUAGUGAUAAUCCUCAAACAUAUAAUGGUAUUUUAACUGAUGAAAUUAGUAUGUUAUUAAUUAAUAAUCAACGAAUGAUUAAUAAACAAUUUCAACAAUUUCAAAAAUAUUUUUUACCUACUUUCUUAUUAACAACAACAAUUCUUUUUCUUGUUGGUAUUGCUCUAUGGUUUUGGUUAUAUAAACAUAAAACAUAUUAUGCAUUAACACAUGAUGAUCUUAUGGAAUCAAGAACAUCAAAUCGAAUUCAUAUUGAUUCUUUACCAAGUUUAGAAGAAAAUAUUAAUCUUAGUACAGAACAACAAUCACGAUUUUUAUCACAUUCAUCAACUGCAGUUUAA